AUGAGUUCAUCCGAUGAUUUUGGUUGUCUUCGACCGGACGAGGUUCUUCAGGAAUGCUUGAAAAGCAUUCUGAAACUGCUGAAGGACGAGAUGAGCAGCGAAAAAUUGGACAGCGAUCAGAAGGAAUCGCUCGGUGUGGCCAAACAGUGCCUGGAAUCGUGUUAUUCUUUGGAAGAUGCGGAUCUUGCAAACGCCGUCAGUUUGGUAAACGCAUUCAACGAGUUGACUUAUCCUCCGGUUAAGAACGUCUUGGAUUUAGCGGAAUCGCUUAAAACUAAAGGAAAUGAAGCGAUGAAAGAUGGUAACUAUUCGUUGGCUUUGGAUUGCUAUACCAAAGCCAUCGAAGUUGACUGCAAGCGAGCUGUGUACUUCUGCAAUCGCGCUGCCGCUUACAGUAAACUGGAUAGACAUCAGGAGGCAAUAGACGAUUGCAAAGAGGCCAUCAAGUUGGAUUCGAAAUACGGGAAAGCGUACGGCCGUUUGGGAAUUGCGUACGCAAAUUUGAACAUGUUUCAGGAUGCUGCGAACGCUUACAAAGAUGCGUUGAGGCUGGAUCCAUCCAACGCUUCGUAUGAAGCUAAUUUGAAGUUGGCGGAAACUAAGAUCGUGUCUUCUUCGUAUGGGGAAGGAUUCGAUUAUAAUGCUUUGCUGGAUGAUCCUGCUGUACUGAGCAUGGCUUCGCAGAUGAUCAGUGAUCCGUCUUUUUUGAACGUCGUUUCUGGGAUAAUGUCUUCAGGUGCUGGCGGUGAUCCGAACAUUGGAGCUUUCCUAGCUGUCGGUCAACAAUUUGCGGAGCGCAUGCAAAGCCACAGUCCGGGAAUAAUGGAGAAUCUUCGGCAGUCUUUUUCAUCUCUUGGUCAAGGCGAUAAUCACACAAAUUCAACCCAGAAUAAAGAACAAGAGAAAAAAGAUUAA